CCUUUAAAAAUCUGCUCUUUCCCCAUGUUGCCAUCACGAAUUGUCUCAUACUUCCACUGAUUCCUCACUCCCAGUGCUUACCCCUUACGCCAGAAUUCUGGGAAGAAAGGAAAAUGUCAAGCUCUCAGUGUUUUGAUAACCCACCAAACCUGAGCUCAACUUGUGGGGCAGGACGCGUUGGAGAGCUUGCAGGCCUCAAAACUUACCUCACUGGCCCUUCAGAUUCCAAGCGUGCUGUUCUUCUCAUCGCCGAUGUUUUUGGGUACGAGGCUCCUAAGCUGAGGAAACUCGCAGAUAAGGUUGCAUCCGCGGGAUUCUUGGUGGUCGUACCCGAUUUCUUUUAUGGCGAUCCCGUUGUUGAUUUCACUAGUCCUAGUUUCAAUAGAGAAGCUUGGUUUAAAAAUCAUAGCACGGAUAAAGGGUAUGAAGAUGCGAAGCCAGUGAUUUCCGCUCUGAAGAGUAAAGGCGUGUCUGCCAUUGGGGCUGCAGGAUUUUGUUGGGGAGGAAAGGUACUAGUGAAAUUAGCAGGCACUGAAGACAUUCAAGCAGCAGUUAUUCUGCACCCUGGUCGUAUGACCGAAGAUGAAAUCAAAGCUGUCAAGAUUCCAACUGCUAUAUUGGGAGCCGAGAUCGACCACGCUUCCCCACCUGAAGACCUGAAAAAGUUCGGGGAGAUCAUGUCGGCCAAAACUGAAUUUGAGAGUUAUGUGAAGAUAUUCCCCGGCGUUAGUCACGGAUGGAGUGUGAAGUACGACGAUGCCAACGAAUUUGCUGUCAAGAGUGCCAAAGAGGCCCAUGAGGACAUGUUGAACUGGUUCUUGAAGCAUGUCAAGUGAA